UUCUUUGUUCUUUUACUCUUCAAAGGGGAAAUUGGCAGGAGGCUGGUGUUUGAGGACUUUAAUCACUGCACAAAAGUGUUUUGCUGUUGGGUUUUCCAAGUUAAAUAUUCACCACUACCAAAGAUUUGUUAACAAUUAGAGGGAACUGAAAUAAGGAGAUGGCCCUGGAGUGUGGCAAAGUGAUAGGCGCCUUGAACUUUGUGAGGGACAUCCAACAUUUAGAUAUGUCGACGUUUAAUCAACUGGAGGAUGCUAGAAAUAAUCUAGAACAUGCAGCUGGAUUUCUGAGAAAACUGGAGAAGGGUUGCCCGAAGAAUACGCUAUCAACAUGUCUUAGGCCCCUAUUUCUAGCAGCUCUUGAUGGUUUGUCUGCAAUAUCUUCUCACAUGAAGGAUCAAGGCCAGAAGAGUGACACCGCUAGAAUGAUUUCAAAGGUGCUGAAAAUAAUUAAACUGAAGAACAUUGCUGAGCGAAUCAAAGCUUCAAAACCAUCAAGAUCAUCUAGCCAAGUCACUAUGGAGAAGGUGCGGUUUGUCAAAUCUUUGCUUGUUUCUGUUCAUCAUGCACUGUUCUUUAUUAGUGCAGAGCCUCCUGUGUCUGUUCUUGUCAAGAAGCUGUGGGAUACACGAGGCUUCUUCACAUUUACUGCAAAGCAGUGCAUUGAGCAUGAGAGUAUGAAGGAUUUCUUCACCCAUGCUGAGGAUGUAGCUUACACUGCCGCAUACCUAUGUUUCUUAGGCUUGAAUAACGAUAUGGAUACGGAUUUCUUUAAAUUUCUGGAAAGGAUAAGUCCUUUUAGCCCUGAUGUGAGGCAAAUUUAUCUGAGUGUCUUGAUAGGGUUAAAUACAUUAAGAUCAGAGACUACAAUGAAUGCCAAAUAUAUGUUUGAUUUUGUUAGCGCCCUCCGUAAUGAUCUGGAAGAGCUACUUAGCAAUGUUCAUCAAAGUCCGUGCAUUCAUCUCCAACAAGGACUUUCGCACCUUUCUAGAUUUCUCUGGGACAUAAAAUCAGAUCCAUUUCCACUUGGAGAAUUGAUUUCUCUUCAAUCACAGAUGCAAGCUGUGGCCGUUGAGGCAGCGAUUGCAAUCUACUCCUCCUAUGAUGAGAAAAUGAAAAUGAAGACUACUGAAAUAGACCAUUUGCCUUUUAUUUUGCAACUGAAGUUAAAUCAUGUCAAGGUAGAAGUCUCCCUGAUUAAGCUACUGAACAGUAAACCAACUAUAAUAGCUCCUCUAAAAGAUCUGAUUGAUUAUGUUCGGGAAGAGCUGAUAUUCAUGAAAUCUUUUUUCAUGGAUGCAUUUGAGCAGUGCAAAGAGCAAAGUAAUGUCACUGAAUUUUUGAAUCUUAUUCAAUCUGUAACUAGCCAAGCAUGGUUGGUCAUUUAUUCUCUUUAUCGUGACAUAAAGAAAGAAGGCUUAGCCAGGGAAAUCAGUUGGUCGCAUUUUCAGUUGCUUCUUAAGUUCAGGUUUAUUAAGGCAGUGAUUGGACAGAUAUGUCCCAGCAUUUCUGUGUCAUCAACACUGGACCAUCCUACGAUAAAUCUGUUGAACUUUCUUCCUCUCAACUUUCAGGUCCUUGAUUCUUAUUUCAGCAUGCUGAAAUUCUCAACGAUAGUAUCCUCCGAUAGCCCCAAGAUGGAUUUGGUUUUGAUGGGGUUUCAUGAAUAUAUUCUUGACAAGCUGCAACUGAAGAAUGAAACCAGUUUGACAUUUACUAAUACAAAUGAGGUUAAAAAGUUCUACUAUGGAUUGCUGCUCCUGGUAACAUAUCUUUUUGAUCCUCUAGUUCAGUGUAGUGGAUUUGGAACUAUCGAAAUUGAGGCUGCUGGUGAUAGUAACAAAAGUAGAAGGGUCAAUCUUGUUCUUCAGUAUUUGACUGUAGCUUUAAAGCUUAUUGAGCCUGAGGAAACCUUGAUGGAUAUGCUAAACAAGGCCACAUUGAAAGCUCCGAUUCUGGAUAUGGUUGAAAGUGCUCAUGAAGAGCUUAUUUUCCUCAGAGCUUUUCUCAUGGAUGUUCUCAGGCAACAGAUGAAGAUUAACAAAUAUCAUCAUCUCUUGAGGAAUGUUGAGGAGACUGCCAACAAGUUAGCACAAGUCAGUCGUUUUUGUAAUGAAAGAUUCAUGGACGAAAACAGCACCUGGGAAGUGUGUCUUUUGUUGUCUGAUUUCCUAUAUGAUAUUAAGUUUAUCAAGGUAGAAGUUAGAAAGGUAUGCAUUCAGGUCUUGGAUGCAUCACUUUGCAACAUGACUUUGCUAGAUAUCAAAGGCCUUAUAAACUUUUUAUCAAACCGCCUGGACAUAGUGCUUGACUGUGAUGCUGGUUCGAUUACUUUUCUGAUGAACCGAAGUAGAGUACUCAAAGAGAAACUUAUGUACUUGGGACACUUUCUUGCAGAUGCUGUACAACACUACAAUAUGCAUCAAGGACUCAAAGACCUCAAGAAACAUGUUCUAGAUACCAAGUAUGUCUGUUUAUUGUCUAUUGGGGGUUAUAAAUCUGCUUGGUAUUACAUGUUAUAUCUCUCCGAUAUGAAGCAAUUGCUUAAGUUUGUUGAGACAGAGGUCAAAACAAUUAUUCCUACAGCUCCAGAGUCAUCAAGUUAUAGCUUCCCCAAGACAAAUGGAUUAGGAUUUCUUCAAUUUUUCUUAGGAAACUUGGAGGAGCUGUUAUGUUCUAAGCUCGAUUCCGUUAUUGACUGGAAGCAUCAGAUUGGAUCAGUCAAGGAAGGCAUACUUUGUCUAAGAGAUCAUUUCGCCGAAAACAUUGAUGAGCUAGAUGAAGUUCAUGGUUUUGUAUUGAAGGUCACUGAAAUGGCAUAUAAAGCAGAGUUUGUCAUUGACUCCUGCUUAAUCAGUUCUCAUUCACUCUGGUACAAAUCUCAUCGAAUGUCUGAAGUUCUUAAGAAUAUUGAGCUUUUAAAUAAAGUUGUUACUGAGACUUAUGGAAGAAAGGAGAUAGAUGUGACAGUGCACAAAGUUGCAAAGACCUCCAUGAAUCCUGUGGCAUCCUUAUUAGCUUGUACGCCAAGAGAAAAUGAAGAAAUGGAGGGCUUUCAAGAGGCAAUGGAUAAAAUUAAGAGGCAACUACUUGGAGGAUCUUCUCAGCUAGAUAUUAUCUCCAUAGUUGGUAUGCCUGGAAUCGGCAAGACCACUCUGGCCGAGAAGAUUUACAAUAAUCUCAUAGUUACCCCUCACUUUGAUGUUCAUGCUAAGUGUCGUGUGACUCAACUAUAUUCAUGGAAAGAGGUGUUGCUUACCAUCUUGAAUGAUGUUCUUGAUCCUGCUGAUCGCACUGGAAAAGAAGAUGGUGAAUUAGCUAAUGAGCUGCGUCAAGUUUUGUUAACCAAGAGAUUCUUAAUUCUCAUUGAUGAUGUGUGGGAUAAAACAGUCUGGGACCAUUUAUAUAUGUGCUUCAGAGAUGCUAAGAAUGGGAGUAGAAUUAUUCUAACUACCCGACUGAGUGACAUUGCCAAUUAUGCUAAAUGUAAGAGUGAACCCCAUCAUCUUCGUUUAUUCAGAGAUGAUGAGAGUUGGACAUUAUUACAAGAAGAGGUGUUUCAAGGGGAGAGCUGUCCAACUGAACUUGUAGAUGUGGGAUUUCGGAUAGCAAAAAGUUGUGGAGGAUUGCCACUUUCCAUUGUAUUAGUUGGUGGUGUUCUGAAAGAGGAAGUGAAGAAGGAAGAUUUGUGGAAAGAAGUAGAAGAAAGUUUAGGUUCCAAAAAUAUUGUUAGCUUGGAAAAGUGUAUGUCUUUAAUUGGAUUCAGUUAUAAGAAUUUACCACAUCAUCUGAAGCCUUGUUUCCUCUAUUUUGGAGGAUUUUUAAAGGGGAAGGAUAUUCAUGUCUCAAAAUUGACUCGGUUGUGGCAAGCAGAAGGGUUUGUACAAGCAAAUAAGGAAAAAAGAACAGAUACGGCACACUAUUUCUUGGAAGAUCUUAUUAGUAGAAAUCUAGUAAUGGUCAUGAAGGAGAGACCUAAUGAUAAGUUCAAAAGAUGUCGCAUUCAUGAUCUCUUGCACAAUUUCUGCCUAGAAAAGUCCAAGCAAGAAAACUUCCUUAACCAAAUGAACAGGGGAGAAGAUAUGCUUCCUGAAAAACCUCAAGACUACCGAUUGUUCAUCCAUUCUUACCAAGAUGAGAUUGAUUUGUGGCAUCCAUGGGGCUCAAAUGUCCGUUCUUUACAAUUCAAAGUGACAGACCUGGAUAGCUUGUUAUGGCCUCGUGAUAUCUCCUUCAUCUUUGACAGCUUCAAACUUGUUAAAGUGUUGGAUUUGGAAUCGUUCAACAUAGGUGGCACUUUUCCUAUUGAAGUAGAGUCUCUAAUUCAUUUGAGGUACUUUGCUGUUCAAACAUAUGCAAAUUCAAUUCCUUCAUUUAUAGCUAAGCUUUGGAAUCUUGAAACUUUUGUGGUAAGAGGAUUGGGAGGAGAGGUGAUAAUACCUUCUUCUAUUCUAAAGAUGGUCAAAUUGAGGCAUUUACUUGUAAAGAAUCGUGCUUCAUUUAGUUUGCAAGAGAACAUGGGUGAAUCAUUUUCUAACUCUCAAUUAGAUUAUUUGGAAACUUUUUCCACUCCACGCCUCUCUUAUGGUGAAGAUGCAGAGAUGAUUUUGACAAAGAUGCCAAAUUUGAGAAAGUUGAGUUGUAUAUUUUUGGAGACAUUUAGUUAUUCAGAGAAAGUGAAGGGAAGGUGUGUUCGUUUUCCCAGAUUAGAGUUUCUAAGUCACCUUGAAUCCCUGAAGUUGGUUUCCAACUGCUAUCCAUCUAAGCUUCCUCAUGUGUUCAAUUUCCCCUCAAAACUAAGGGAGUUGACUUUGUCCAAGUUUCGUCUACCCUGGUCCGAAAUUUCUAUCGUUGGAGAAUUGCCUAACUUGGAGAUUCUAAGGUUACUUUCCAGAGCCUUCGAAGGGAAUCAGUGGGAAGUGAAUGAUUCAGAGUUUCCUGAACUCAUAUACUUAAAUUUGGACAACAUCAACAUUUCACAGUGGUCCGUUUCUGAUGAUGCUUUUCCUAAGCUUGAACGUUUGGUUUUAACCAAGUGUAAGCAGCUUGAGGAAAUCCCUUCUCAUUUUGGUGAUGGCGUAACUCUGAAAAGGAUUGAAGUAAACAGGUGUGGCUAGUCUGUUGCCAAUUCAGCCUUGGAAAUUCAAACUACGCAACAUGAAGACAUGGCAAAUGAUGCUUUCACAGUUACAAUACAGCCUCCAGAUUGGGCUAGAGGACCAUCUGCUUGACUCGUUUCUGGUACACUCUUGCGGUAUUCACCUAAUUACAUUUCCAUAUCUCUAAAUUUAAUAUGCGUAUUUUCUAAUGUUAUACUUAUAACUAAAGAGGCUAUAUGCUAUAUACAUGAAUCUGUGUGCUAAAACUGAACUUUU